AUGUCCCCAUCCACAACGUCCAUCCUCCUCCUCGGCGCCGGCGAACUAGGCAAAGCAUUCCUCCCUCACCUCACCAAGCUCCCCAACACCCACACCACAAUCGGCGUGCGCUCGCCCGCCAAGUACUCCGACCUGACAUUCCCCAACCUCUCCCUCACAGCCAUCGACCUCGCAUCUCCUUCCAAAGACCUCGCAGACACGUUUUCCGAAUACGACAUCCUAAUAUCCUGCACCGGCUUCGGCGCAGACCCCAGCUCCGUCCUCAAACUCGCCAACGAAGCCCUUCUAGCAGGCCAGAUCCGCCACGCUCGGGGUAAAUCCAGAUUGUGGUUCUUCCCCUGGCAAUGGGGCGUCGACUACGAUGUCACCGGCGACGGACAAGGCCUGAUGCCGUUGUUCGGUGCGCAGCGCGAUGUGCGGAAUUUGCUGAGGGAGAAAGCACAGGAGAGUAACGUGUGCUGGACGGUUGUUAGUACGGGCAUCUUCAUGUCUUUCCUCUUCGAGCCGUUCUGGGGGAUGGUGGAUAGAAGUCGAGAAGGGGGCAAGGAGGAGGAAGGAGAGGUAAUAGUGCGUUGUCUCCGGGACUGGACGCAUAGAGUCACCGUUACAGACGUCCAUGACAUUGGACACGUUCUGGCCAGGAUCCUCGCACCGGAUUCGACGGUGGAGGCGACGAAUCGUGUGGUAUAUGCAGCGGGGGAUACAGUCAGUUAUGCGCAGUUGGCCGAUGUCAUCGAGAAGGUAUCUGGCAAGCAAGUCAAACGGGAGAUGUGGAGCAUGGAGUAUUUAAAGAGUGAACUUGCGGUGGACCCGGAUGAUGGGAUCAAAAAGUAUAGGCUGGUGUUCGCGAGGGACGGUGUGUGGUGGGACAUGAAUAAGACGGUGAAUAUGACGCUGGGCAUGGAGAUGACGAACGUAGAGACGUAUGCUCGGGGUUUGUUUAGCGGAUGA